GAAAAAACUUAUCGAUUUGUGUGAAAGUUGCAAGCGGCAACGCAGCUCACAAUAAUUGGGCAUAAUAAAGAAGCAAAAGAAAGUUUCCCAAAUCAAAAGUCUAAAGUUGUGAAUGCACAAUGGAAAACUUAAACUUUGCACGCACACCGCAAUUUCUGCGCAAAGUCAUCAACGAGGCGCGCAGAUCAUUUAUACAUAGUGACGACACCGCAACCGCCAAAGCGGUAGCAGAAGACGCAACAGUAGCAGCACCACACGACGAAAUGGAGCUCGCCCACAGCUUGACACUCAACGAGGAGGCACUCAAACAGCUGCCGGAACACAAGCGUGCCGUUUUCGAAUUGGAAUGGUUACGGUAUCUGGAGAAAUCUCUGCCGCACAUGCCCAAGCAUGAGAUCAAGACCGGACAGAAGAAACUCGUGCAGCAGCUCUCGGAGCGCAUACAGGGUGCACCGGGUCCGCCCAUGCGUAAACUAAUUGCCAGCGCCUUGGCCACUCUGUUCUCCGUGGGCGACACCUUUAUGCUCUUCGAUACGGUCAAUGCCUGCAAUGACAUAUUGAAGAACAAAGAUGACUCGCCCAGCUAUUUGCCCACAAAGCUCGCUGCGAUUUGCGUGCUGGGCUCCAUGUACGAGAAACUGGGACGCAUGAUGGGUCGCACCUACGAGGACACCGUGCAAAUCCUAAUACGCACGCUUAGGAAUGCCGAAUCACAGGCACGCAUCGAGAUAAUGCACACGCUGGAGAAAGUUAGCGCUGGCAUGGGCACCGCCAUUUCCAAUGUACACAAGGACAUAUACAAGGCGGCCAAGCAUUGCCUGUUGGAUCGGGUGAUGGCUGUACGCGUUGCCGCCGCUCGCUGCAUACUCAAGAUGAUAUACAGCGCCCCGUUCCUAUACCAAACGGAACUGGAGAAUCUGGGUACGCUGUGCUUUCGUGCCUUCGACGGCAGCAAUUAUGAGGUGCGUUGCGCAGUUGCCCAGCUGCUGGGCACGCUGCUCGCCUACACCCAACAGUUGGCCGAGGCGGCGAACAACAAGAAAGCCGCCCAAGCGCCCGCAGCAGCCGCACUCCAGGCAGCUAAGGGCGGCACCUUGCGCCUGGUCUCACUGGACGAAGCGCUGGGCAUACUGAUGUCGGGCUUUUUGCGUGGCGGCGCCUCCUUCCUCAAGGGCACCGGCGAGAUCAUCAAGGGCAGCUCGGGCGUAAACCGGGAGGUGCGCGUCGGUGUUACCCAUGCCUAUGUGGUCUUUGUACAGUUCAUGGGCAGCGUUUGGCUGGAGCGACAGCUGAGCACAUUUCUGGCCCAUGUGCUGGAUCUGGUAGCGAAUCCGAAAGCGGCCUGCUCCCAUGUGGAUGCCGUCUAUUCGCGCAAGUGCAUCAACUUUAUACUGCGUUCCACCAUUGGCAAAAUGCUGGGUGAGAAGGCGCAAAGCGCCGCCUGCAAGGAACUCAUCCAUCUGGUGGCCAAGCAAAUGAACUCCAUUGAUUUUAAUCCGGAGAAUGCCAAGGACUCGAACCAGGAAACACUCUUCAGUCAGCAUUUGUUAGUCUGUGCGCUGCAGGAGCUGAGCUCCCUGUUUAUAGGCCUGGGCACAACGGCACAGCAAUUGCUCACAGAUCAAUCGCUGAAUGCCAUCGACGCCACCUGUGCGGUGCUGGUGCAUCCGUGUGCCGCGGCACGUCUGGCUGCUGCUUGGUGCCUGCGCAGCUGCUGCAUUGCGGUGCCCAGCCAGAUAACGCCGCUGAUCGAUCGUUUUAUUGAAGCACUGGAACAGAUGCGCUCCUCACCGGAGGCUAUUGCCGGCUAUAGCUGCGCCUUGGCGGCCAUUUUGGGUAGCGCACGGCAUUCACCCUUGGGCAUACCGCACACCAAGGGCAAGGUGGUGUUCAACUGUGCCGAGGAGCUGUUGCGCUCCGCUUCCCAGAAUAGCCGCAUGUCGCUGCAUCGAACCCAGGCGGGCUGGUUGCUAAUUGGCGCCAUCAUGACGCUCGGCUCGCCGGUGGUUAAGGGCCUCUUGCCGCGUAUGCUGCUACUCUGGCGCAACUCCUUUCCGCGCUCCAACAAGGAGCUCGAAUCGGAGAAGGCGCGUGGCGAUGCCUUCACCUGGCAGGUAACACUGGAGGGACGCGCGGGCGCCUUAUCUGUCAUGCAUAGUUUCCUCCUCAAUUGCCCGGAUCUAGUCAACGAGGACAUAACGCGACGCCUACUCACACCCAUUGAGAGCGCCCUGGCCAUGCUGGUCAACUUGGCUACUGUCCUCAAGAGCUAUGGCACCCAACUUAAAGCUCCAGCUGCCAUGGUGCGUUUGCGUCUCUUUGAAACGUUGACUCUACUGCCGCCCACUGCUCUGGAGGCAUCCUACACGCAUCUCUUGCGCAUGCUCGUCUCGGAGUUCACCUUGUCGGAUAAUGCAGCCAACACAACGAAUUCUCUGCUGCGUACUCUUUGCCAUGGCGAUGAUUCCAUCAUUCUGGGCACUUGGCUGCAGGAGACCAAUCAUCGCACCAUUGAGGAUCAGAUGGAGCCCAAUCGCAAAGUCGAUGGCGAGCAUCUUCAGCCGAAUAGCGCUGCUGGUUCCGGCGCCUUGGAGCAUGAUCCCUGCUGCCUCUAUCGACCCAACUGGUCGGCACAGUACAACAGCAAUGCAAUCAAUCCAAGCAAUGCGAGCAACAACAACAUACAGCUGAUUAACAGAGCACAACAAUGCCCAGGACCGUUGCCGCUGGGCGUGGCCGUUAUUGACAUGGCCGUAUCGCUGUAUGGCACCAUAUUCCCCAAGGUGGCCAACAAGCAUCGUCUCCAGAUGCUGGACCAUUUCGCCGAGUGCAUUAAGCAGGCGAAGAGCAAUCGCCAGGAGGCUGUACAAAUGAACAUAUUCACAGCGCUCCUCUACGCACUCAAACAGCUGACGGACAGCAAGACGAGUCUUGGCCAGGAGGAUGUGAAGAAGAGUGCAACGAAUCUGAUUGUCGCCUCGCUGACCAGCGCCAAUUCCACAAUACGCUGUGCUGCUGGCGAAGCCCUGGGCAGAUUGGCUCAAGUUGUUGCCGAUUCGCAUUUUACAGCCGAAUUGGCUCAAAACAGUUUCGACAAGCUGAAGUCGGCGCGGGAUGUGGUCACACGGACUGGACACUCGCACGCCCUGGGCUGUCUGCAUCGCUAUGUGGGCGGCAUGGGCAGUUCGCAGCAUUUGAGCACAAGUGUGUCCAUAUUGCUGGCCUUGGGUCAGGACAGUGCCUCGCCGGUAGUGCAGGUAUGGUCGCUCUAUGCGCUAGCACAGAUUGCCGACUCCGGUGGCCCCAUGUUCCGUGGCUAUGUGGAGGCAACGCUGACGCUGUCACUGAAACUGUUGCUCACUGUGCCCCAUGCUCAUGUGGAUGUGCAUCAGUGUGUGGGUCGUGUGGUCAAUGCUUUGAUUACGACCGUCGGACCCGAGCUCCAAGGCAACAAUACAGCGGUGAGUGCGAUGCGCAGCUCCUUCCUGUGCGCAGCGGCGCUGCUCCAGGCACACGCGGAUCCCUUGGUUCAGGCGGAGGCAAUUGGUUGUCUACAGCAACUGCAUUUAUUUGCCUGCAAAUCGCUGCAGUUGGACACGCUCGUACCCACGCUGGUCAAGAUGCUGGCCAGCAAUUAUUUUAUUCUACGCAAAGCGGCCGUCGCAUGCUUGAGGCAAUUGGCGCAUCGUGAGGCACGCGAGGUAUGCGAACUGGCGCUGACCAUUACGCCAGAGCAGUGUCCGGAUCUGGUUAUCACGGAGUACGGGUUGCCGGGCUUGCUCUUCUCCAUGCUGGACACGGAAACGGAUGCGGAGAUGCUCAAGAAUAUCCACGACACAUUGACAUCCAUGCUGCAAAUGCUGGCUGCCGACAAUCUAAGCAGCUGGUUGAGUCUCUGCAAGAAGGUGCUCACCGUAGCCGUCGAGAGUGGCAUUUCCAGCGAGGAGCAGGCAAAUCUAGUUGGAGCAACAGAUACAGCCAGCAAAUCUGGCGCUGGCGAACAACAACAAACCGAUGACGAUGAUGAUGAGGAUGAGGACUAUGCCGACGAUGUGACCGAAUAUCGGGCCGAGGAGAACACCUCCACGCAUCCCGCAGUGCAGCCGCGUUGGCCCACACGCGUCUUUGCCUCGCAAUGCGUCCGGCGCAUAAUCGCCAGCUGCGAGGCGGCCAAUGCGCUCCAUUUCGAUUUGCUGCAGGCCAAGGAGCAGCAGCUAAUCAAGUCACGCAGCGGCGAUUAUCUCAUCUUGCAUCUCGCCGAACUCAUACGCAUGUCCUUUAUGGCAGCCACCUCGGAUUCGGAUCAGCUGCGACUGGAGGGUUUGCGCACUCUACAGGAGAUCAUCGAUCGUUUCGCUAAUGUGCCGGAGCCCGAGUUUCCUGGCCAUUUGCUGUUGGAACAGUAUCAGGCACAGGUGGGCGCCGCACUUCGUCCGGCCUUUGCGACGGACACACCUUCGCAUGUCACGGCAGCCGCCUGUGAGGUGUGCUCCGCCUGGAUUGGCUCUGGUGUGGCACGCGAUAUCAGUGAUUUGAGACGCGUGCAUCAGCUGCUGGUCAGCUCACUGAACAAGCUCUGCACGCAGACGAACAGCACGCAGCUGUAUAACGAGUCGAUGGCAACGCUUGAGAAGCUCAGCAUACUCAAGGCCUGGGCGGAGGUCUAUAUUGUGGCCAUGCUGGGCAAUGGCAAGGCGCCCGCCUCUCUGCUAACCAUGACGCCAGCUGGUGCGGGCGGUACAGAGUUAGUCAGUGGCUUGGAACUGAUGGACACAGAUAAUCGUGGCGAGAGUUUGCUCGGCCUGGUGCAGCCAGAGUUGCAUAAUCUCUCCAAUCAUUGGCUUGCGGCUAUGAAGGAUCAUGCCCUGUUGCUGCUACCCCCAGAGUUCCAGUCGCAAUUGCCAAGAGAUGGUGGCUCCUUUUACACCACGGACACCAUCAACUCCUCGAAGCCACACUAUAUGACCAGCUGGCCGCCAAUACUCUAUGCCGCUGCGCUCUGGCUGCGCGACGAGGGCUUUGCCAGGCAUCAGGAUACGCAAACGCAAGUUGAGGCCAGCAGCAGCCAACCCGAACCGGAAUCGAAUAAUAAUCAUAUAACGCAUGGUUCACUAUCGGCGGAUCGGUUCCAUAUGAUCUUUGGCAUAUGCAUGGAGGCGCUGUGCAGCAUGCGCAGCUCGGAUAAGCCCAGGAAUAUUGUAAGUUGCUUGCGUGCGCUGCACAGCAUCUUUGAUUCGGAUUGGGCGCGACGCCAGCUGAUCAAGGAUCGUGCACUCACCAUCGAGCUGUGUCAUGUGCUCCAUCGCCAGAUACUCACACGGGAUGAGCUGCUCGUCCAGCUGCUCUGUGUGGAGAUACUGAAGCAGACAAUUCAGGCGGCACGAGAGGAUUUGGAACGAAAACGCGCGACCACUGACAAUGCCACUGAGAAUGAGAAUCGAAAUGAGAGUGAUGAGAAUGUGGAACUGGGCGAGGGCAGCGUCAUGCAGCCGGGUAGCUCCCAUGUCUAUGCCGUGCUGGAGGUCUGCCUGUGUCUCUUUGUGCGCCAAAUACCUAGCCUGAAUCCCAGCAAACAGUGCAAUCUGCAGAUGGACUAUGCGUAUGCCCGAAAUGCAUCCUUCUUUUCGGUCCUGGGUGAUGACAAUGGCCGUUUGGUGGCCAUUGGUUUGCAGUGUGUCGAACAGCUGUUGGAGCUGUGCACGCCCAGCGGCGCCUUGACCAUACUGCCCACCAUACUCUACAUGACGACGAGCAUCAUUCGCGAGAUAGCCAACAAAUCGGCCAUCGAUACCAGCAUUCUGGCCAACACCUGUGCCGUCCAAGCAGCCCUCCAAUGCCUGCGCUCUGUCUGUGUGCAUCGCUGGGCGCAGCAGCCAAACACCAUGGAGGAUUGGCAACAGCUGCUGCAGAGCGCCCUGGCCACCAUCAUUGACAUGACCAAAACGGCUGGCGACAAUGAGGAGUCCAAGGUCGAUGAGGUCACCAUGCUGCUGGCCAUUGCUGUUUUCAUACUGAACACACCCGCCUCUGUGGUGGCUGCACCCUCGUUGCAAUAUCCGUGCAUCAAUCAUUUCCGACAGUGCCUGCAGUCGGAGCAUUUGUCGGUGAAACUAAAGUGCAUCGAGACGACACGUUCCAUUUUCACCAAAGCCGAUCUGAAGGCUGCCACGCCCUAUAUUCAUGCAUUGGCGCCGCGCAUCAUCGAAUCGCUGUACGCCGAGUCCAGUAAGACGCCAGCCAGCGACCUGGAACUGCAGGUGACCCUCGAGAGCAUUGUGACCGUGGAGCAGCUAAUUGAGCUUGCCGAGCCGCAGCAUCGAAACUUGCUACAAGAUAUACAAAUGCUAACGCUGCUGGUGCCGGUACUCAUUGCCUACCUGGCCGAGCCGAGCAAGUUGCGCACGCUGCCCAAAUAUCAGCGUCAGCUGCACGAACAGGCACUGCACUGGCUGCUCAAGAUUGGACCGAAAUAUCCGCAGGAAUUCAAGGCGUUGAUGUGCCAAAAGCCGGAACUGCGCCAGAAACUGGAGGCAGCCAUACGCAGCCAACAGCAGUCAAUUAAUCUCGCCCAAAAGGCCAGCGAGGCGCAACGCAACGGUUUGCUGUCCAAACCGCAAAAGCCGACGAUCAAACUGAAAACGGAUUUUAGUAACUUCCAAUAAGUUAAACCAUUUACACCAUUAAAAUAUAUUUAUACAUAUACAUAUAUAUAUAUUUAUAGCUAUUUAAUCCUGCUAAUAGCGUGAUUAACUAGAGCCUGCUAAAAGAAAAAUGCUUGCAAUUUACGAAGUUUGCAUUUUUUUUUGCUAUGAACUUAGUGAGUACCUAAAGAAUCUACCCCGCAUAAAUACGUAUAUAAAAUAUAAGGGGUAUUUCCACACGACUAUCGAUAAUGUUGGGAAUGCGCCGUAUUGUUAGUUAUUCUUAUUAUUAUUAUUAUUAUAUACAUAUAAACACGUACAUAAAAACGAUAUUAGUUAUUAUUAAAAUUAUUUAAAUCAAAGUGUUGUACCUUGUACCUUGUAGACACAGUGACUCCAAUGUCAGUCAUGUUUCCAAUUGACAAAUUAAUGAGAAUUUCAUGAGUAAUAAUUUUUUAAAUAAUUGUAUGAAAUAAUUCAUCCCUGGACAAUUUAA